UUUUGUAAUUCCAAAAACAACCUUCAAACAAAAGCCCUAAUUUAUAUUCGUCUCUUUCAGUCGUCUUUUUCUUUUACCAUCUCCGCCAUUGCUGAAGAAAAAUCAAGAACAGAUAGAUGGAUAACAAAGAGGCUUCAGAAAAAUCAUCUUCCCAGAAUAUGGAUAACCAAGAAGCUUCAGAAGCUAUUGAUGCACUCUCAUUGACAGCUUCCUCAUCCAAUCCUUCCAUUUCAGCUUCACAGAUGAGUUUGGAGGAAAAGUUCAAGAUUGUUAGGAGUAUUGGGGAGGAAUGCAUACAGGAGGAUGAGUUGAUGAAUCUUUUGGCAAAGAAGCCACAACCCAUUUGCUAUGAUGGUUUUGAGCCUUCUGGUCGAAUGCACAUUGCUCAGGGAGUUUUGAAGGCACUAAAUGUCAACAAACUGACUUCGGCUGGCUGCAAGGUGAAGAUCUGGAUUGCAGAUUGGUUUGCCCAGUUAAAUAACAAGAUGGGAGGUGAUUUGAAGAAAAUUGAGGUUGUUGGUCAAUAUUUGAUUGAGAUAUGGAAGGCUGUUGGAAUGAAUCUUGAAGGGGAUCAAGUGGAAUUUUUGUGGUCUUCAAAAGAGAUUAACUCCAGAGCUCAUGAGUACUGGCCUCUUGUUAUGGACAUAGCUCGAAGGAACAAGCUUCCAAGGAUUUUAAGGUGCUGCCAAAUUAUGGGUCGGUCUGAGCAAGAUGAGUUGACUGCAGCCCAGAUCUUUUACCCGUGCAUGCAAUGUGCUGACAUAUUCUUCCUUAAGGCUGACAUCUGUCAACUAGGCAUGGACCAGCGAAAGGUUAAUGUACUUGCAAGAGAGUACUGUGAUGACAUCAAGAGGAAAAACAAGCCUAUCAUAUUGUCCCAUCAUAUGCUCCCUGGUUUGCAGGAAGGUCAAGAGAAGAUGUCCAAGAGUGACCCCUCUUCUUCCAUUUACAUGGAGGAUGAAGAGGCAGAAGUAAAUGUCAAGAUAAAGAAGGCUUUUUGUCCACCAAAGGUUGUAGAAAAGAAUCCAUGUCUGGAGUACGUCAAGUAUAUCGUCCUCCCUUGGUUUAAUGAGUUUAAAAUUGAGCGAAGUGCUGAGAAUGGUGGUGACAGGACCUACACAAAAUUUGAAGAAUUAGCUGCUGACUAUGAAAGUGGGAGUUUGCAUCCUGCAGACCUGAAACCUGCAUUAUCAAAAGCAGUCAAUAAGAUAUUACAGCCGGUGCGUGAUCAUUUUAAGAAUGACCAGAAAGCCAAAGACCUUAUGAAAAGAGUGAAGAGCUACAAGGUAACGAGGUAAGCUCUAGUUGAAUGAGGUGUAAAUGGAUUGAGAGAUGUCGAUGGCAGUCUGGAAGUUCCAUUCCAUUUCUUGUCUGCUUUAGUAACUUGGUUUCAAAAAAAAUUUACACACCAUUUUUGAUAUAUUAUUGUGUUAUUGAAAUGCCCGAAUCACAUUUGUUUAAAUUUUAUCAACUGUAAUUUCACCUACAUGGUGAUUUCCAGAUAGUAUUUUUAUUCUGCUCCUAAGUCUGGCAUAUGUCAUCCAUUUGAUUGUACCUUAUCAUAUAUGAUGAUCUGCAUUGUGUUUUAACUA